AUGGAGGGCGCGCUGGCCGCCAACUGGAGCGCGGAGGCGGGCAACGGCAGCGAGGCGGCCCCCGCGGCGCAGGGCAACCGCACGGCCGGGCCCCCGCAGCGCAACGAGGCCCUGGCGCGCGUGGAGGUGGCCGUGCUGUGCCUCAUCCUCUUCCUGGCGCUGAGCGGCAACGCGUGCGUGCUCCUGGCGCUGCGCACCACGCGCCACAAGCACUCGCGCCUCUUCUUCUUCAUGAAGCACCUGAGCAUAGCCGACCUGGUGGUGGCGGUGUUCCAGGUGCUGCCGCAGCUGCUGUGGGACAUCACCUUCCGCUUCUACGGGCCCGACCUGCUGUGCCGCCUGGUCAAGUACCUGCAGGUGGUGGGCAUGUUCGCCUCCACCUACCUGCUGCUGCUCAUGUCCCUGGACCGCUGCCUGGCCAUCUGCCAGCCGCUGAGGGCGCUGCGCCGCCGCGCGGACCGCCUGGCCGUGCUCGCCACGUGGCUGGGCUGCCUGGUGGCCAGCGCGCCGCAGGUGCACAUCUUCUCGCUGCGCGAGGUGGCCGACGGCGUCUUCGACUGCUGGGCCGUCUUCAUCCAGCCCUGGGGGCCCAAGGCCUACAUCACGUGGAUCACGCUCUCGGUCUACAUCGUGCCCGUCAUCGUGCUCGCCGCCUGCUACGGCCUCAUCAGCUUCAAAAUCUGGCAGAACCUGCGACUCAAGACGGCGGCGGCGGCGGCGGCGGCGGCUGCAGAGGGGCCGGAGGGCGCGGGGCGCGCGGCCCUGGCUCGGGUCAGCAGCGUCAAGCUCAUCUCCAAGGCCAAGAUCCGCACCGUGAAGAUGACCUUCAUUAUCGUGCUGGCCUUCAUCGUGUGCUGGACGCCGUUCUUCUUCGUGCAGAUGUGGAGCGUCUGGGACGCCGAUGCGCCCAAGGAAGCCUCGGCUUUCAUCAUAGCCAUGCUCCUGGCCAGCCUCAACAGCUGCUGUAACCCUUGGAUCUACAUGCUCUUCACGGGCCACCUCUUCCAUGAACUUGUACAGCGCUUCCUCUGCUGCUCCUCCAGCUACCUGAAGGGGAACCGUCCAGGGGAGACCAGCGUCAGCAAAAAGAGCAACUCAUCCACCUUUGUCCUGAGCCACCACAGCUCCAGCCAGAGGAGCUCCUCGCAGCCAUCCACAGUGUGACCAGGCUGGGCCAGGACUGCCUCCAAGGGCUCAGGUUGUGCCAACGUAGACAGUCCGCCCCUUGGUGGCUGUGUGCAUGUGUGUGUAUAAGGUACCUUUCAGUUUGCACCCUUCUGGACCUUGGGGUAGCAUGAGUGGGAUGGGAAAUCUGGACCCGGGUAGGGAAAUAGUCUCCAUGGUAGAUGAUGGGGGGUGACUCAGCCAUCAAACAAUCCCUGGAUCUCCCCUGGCGUCCUAUAGGUGUUUAUUUACCCUGCCCCUACUGCUGUCCCUGGCUGGUAGAUGUUUUUUUUUCUUUUUUUCUCCUGGACCUAUCAUUUCACUCCAGUAUCUUUUUACUCCUUUAUUCUGGGAUCUUGUGAAAAGUGGUAAGUAUAGGAUUGGUAACGUCCUGGGUGUGGAAGCCUAGUGUUCUAAGCUCAGAAUAAGGAGCAGGAAUGGGACCUCAGAUGUGGAGGGUGGUGCUAAUGUCCUCCUCCCUGACUUCAGAGUGCUUUUUCUUUUGCAUGGACCCAUUCUAGCAUCCUUGAGCACCAGCAUGUCAGAAGGUGGCCCUGGGAACAGAGGAUUCCCUUAUGAAACCAUUUGGCAUAGGCAGCCAAUUAAAACUUGUGUUAAAAAUGUUUAAGAAGCUAAUAUUUACAUGAAGCAGUUAGGAAAGAAAAAGAAACAAAAGGCAUCCAAAUUGGAAAAGAGGAAGUAAAACCCUUUGCAGAUGGCAUGAUUUUGUAUGCAGACAAUUCUAAGGAGUUCAUGCACAUAUACAAACCUGUUAGAAGUAAUAAAUGAAUUCAUUGAGGUUGCAGGGUACAAAGUCAACUUGCAAAAAACAGUUGUAUUUCUUUAUACUAACAAUUAACAAUAUGAAAAUGAAAUUAAGGAAUCUUCCCAUUUAUACUGGUAUAAGAAAGAAUAAAUUUAACAACAGAAGUUUAAGACUUAUACCCUGAUAACUACAAAAUAUCAUUGAAAGAAAUUGAAGAAGAUUUAAAUAAAUGGAAAGAUAUCCUAUGUUCGUGGAUCAGAGACUCAAAUUGUUAAGAAGACAAUACUAUCCAAAAUGAUCUACAGAUUCAGUGCAGUCUCUUAUCAAACUCCUAGUUGGCCUCUUUGCACAAAUUGAUAACCUAAAACUCAUACAGAAAUGCAAGGGCCCCAGAAUAGCCAAAUGAUCCUUUGAAAAAGAACAAAGUUGGUGGAUUCAUAUUUCCUGGUUUCAAAAUUUACUACAAAUCCAUGAUAAUCAAAAGAGUGUGGUACUGGCAUAAGGAUAGACAUAGAGAUCAAUGGGAUGGGCCAGUGGAAUAGAAUGGAAAGUGCAGUUAUAAACUCUCAUGUUUAUGGCUAAUUGAUUUUUGACAAGUGUGGCAAGAGAAUUCAAUAAGGGAGACAGUCUGCUCAACAAAUGGUGCUGGGCAAACUGGAUAUCCACAUGCCAAAGGAUGAAGCUGGUGAAGGGAAUUAAGAGGUACAAACCUCCAAUUAUAAGACAAAUAAGUCACAGUGAUGAAAAGUAUAGCACAAGAAAUAUAGUCAAUGAUAUUGUGAUAACGUUGUUAUGUGACUGCAGUUACCAUGGUGAGCAUUGAGCAAUGUAUGGGAUUGUUGGAAUUC